UCAAGAAAAAAAAAAUGUUACUUCCUUCAUUUGAUUCAUUGAGAGAGAAGUUUGCUUCAACAUUUGACAAGUAUUUUGUGGCUAAUCUUUGCAAAGUUAUCCUAUUUUCUGGUGUUAUUCUUUACUUGGCCUCAAUUUUUCUUUUUAUUGAUCCAAAUUGUCCAACUUCACCUUAUGAAUAUUCACCAAUUUCAUCAAAUGACACAAAUCUUAGUCAUUUAAUUUUUGGUCUACUUGGAUCUGAAAAAGCAUGGCAUUAUAGAAAAAGUUACAUUGAAACAUGGUGGAAGCCAAAAUUAACAAGAGGUUACUUGUUUCUUGAUGUGUCACCUAAUCCAAAUUUGUUACCAUGGUCAAAAAAUUCACCCCCUUAUAGAGUUUCAACAAAUAUAACAAAAUUAGUACAAGAAACUCACCACAUUGCACCAAUUAUGGCUAGAAUGGUACAUGGUAUCAAGGAAUUAAUUGAUCAACAACAUGAAGGUGUUAGAUGGGUGAUUAUGGGAGACGACGAUUCGAUAUUUUUCUUGGAAAAUCUAGUUGAUGUUCUUGGAAAAUAUGAUCAUAACAAGUAUUACUAUUUUGGAGGUCAAAGUGAGUACAUUUUAUCUAAUUUUUGGUACUCUUUUAAUCAAGGUUUUGGUGGUGCUGGAAUUAUUAUGAGUUUUCCAUUGGCAAAAGCAUUGGCUCAAGAUAUGGAGAGUUGUUUAAGGAGAUAUCCACAUUUAAGAUCUGCUGAUCUUAUUACUAUGACUUGUAUAGUGGAUCUUGGAGGUAGCUUUAUUCCUCUCAAAGGUCUUCAUCAGAUCGAUUUGCACGGUGAUAUUUCAGGAUUUUUAUCGUCGCAUCCAAAAGAGCCAUUAAUAUCUCUUCACCAUUUUGAUGCUGUAUCACCAAUUUUCCCUUCAAUGGAUCGUAUACAAUCAACAAAGCACCUUAUGAAAGCAGCAAAAAUUGAUAAUUCUCGUAUAUUACAACAAACAAUAUGUCACCAUAGGCUUAGCAAUUGGACAUUUUCAGUAUCAUGGGGAUAUUCAGUUCAUAUUUAUGAGAAAAUUAUGCCAAGAAGUCAUUUAAUUAAACCCAUUGAAACAUUUGACACUUGGAGUGGUAGACCUAAAAAUCCUCCAUUCUACAUGUUUAAUACGAGGUCACGUGUAAAAGAUUCUUGUGAAACUCCUCAUAUUUUUUACUUGAAAUCUAUUGGGGGAGCGCAGAAUAAAAAUGAAAUUAUGGCCACGUAUUCGCGGUCGGUGGUGCGGAAGCUGCAGGGUUGUCCGAUCGAUGGCAACCAUUCGGCGAAUUAUGUCAACAAGAUUCAAGUCUACUCUCCUAGAAAAAAACGCGCAGAGAUGGGUCGAUGUGAGUGUUGUGAUAUUAUUCACACAACUGGUUCAAACAAGGCACAAGUCAAAUUGAGGGAAUGCUUUACCAAUGAGAAAAUUGCCUAGUUAACUAUAAUAUUAUGCAAAUUCUUGCCAAAAAGAAAUAUAGAAAACAUUUUUAUAUCUUUAGUU